GCUGGAAAGAGUUUCAUCAUCAUGGCUGGCUGUGACUUGCAACACCAAUUGGAAAGUAUGGAGUGCCAUUUUAACUGGGAAUUGGACUGCAGUCCAUCUUCGCUGCAAAAACUUCAACGGGACCUUGAGGAUCGUCUGAGGUGUGGAUGCAACUGGAUGCGUCAUGUAUACAACGACCUUGGGUAUGUCCUUCAUGUCCAGGGAUUGAAAGAUGAAGCCCUGGAAAUCUUAAUCAAAGGACAAACGUAUAUCAAGACAGAGACAACAUACCAUGGAGACUGCUCCCUGCUGAUGAACCAGGCAAACAUGGCCUGGGUCUAUUACCAUAAAGGAGAACUGGAGAAGAGUCAAGCUUGCCUGGAGGAAGUGGCUAGACUCCAGAAGGAAUUCCCGACCCCAGAAGGUUCCCAGAUGCACCCAGUGCUUAUUGCACAAAAAGGCUGGACCCUGAUGAAGUUUGAGAACAGCCCUAAGAGGUGUGCCAUAGAGUGCUUCAAAAUGGCUCUGACAGGGAAUCCUGAAAAGAAAAACUUACACAAAGGUCUGGCCCUUGCCAUGGAAAAAAGUUACACCAAAGAAGACUUCAAAGGUAACCCAGGAUUACAAAGAGAGGUGAUUGAUCAGCUGAAGAAAGCAAGAGACAAGUAUAAAAAUGAGGACGUUUGUUUGGGGGCGCUCUAUCUCGUCAACUCUCUUGCUUGUGGAGAUAUGUGUGAGGAGGCCCUGGACGAGGCAAACAAACUGGCUGACAAGUUGAUUGCCUCUGGAGAAAUCAGUGGUCUGAGCAAUCUUCUAUAUCUGCUUAUGGCUCGCUUAAAAAACUUUGACAAAGCAAUAGAGGUCACAGAGAAAAUGCUGGAAAUGUUUCCGCAGUCAACCCGUGUAAAAAGGAACCUUGCUAACUGUUUGAAGCGGAAGGCCUUUUUAUUACCAAAGGAAAGCGAAGAGCGACUGCCAUUACUCAAAAGAUCGAGCGAUCUUUCUAAAGACAUGAAUCCUACAACCGUGAAGGACAGCCUUGACCUUGCCAAAUUACACGCAUGUGCUGGUGACAAUGAUGCUGCAGAGCACCAAUACAAAAGUCUCUUAGACCGAGAAGAGCAACUCACUGAUGCUGAGAAACAGCUUGUGCUACUAAGGUAUGGAGACUACUACAUGUUCCAUCACAAGUCUCCCAACUUGUCGGUUGAAUCGUUCAUGAGAGCAGUGAAUAUUCCUGCUGAACACAGGCACACUUGCAUCAAAAGACUUGUGCACAUUGUCAGAUAUGGGAGCCAUGAGAGGUGCGAGGAAAUCUGCAGCUUCCUCCUCAAUCUGCUGUGUGAAAGCUGUAGGGAUAUCGGAGAGCUGUUCCUGAGGAAAUAGAGACGUGAAAUACAGUGGGUGUUGGCAGGAGGGUAGAUAGGUGAAGAUCAAAAAGAAGAUUGUCAAGAAGGUGAUUUUCAGCCUUACAAUUCACAUUUACCAACAUUACGUCUAUUGCAUGGACAUUGUUUAUUUAAUCAAGAAAGUUGGGUUGAGGUUUUAUGUACGUAGGCCCUAUCUGCAAAAAAAGUUACUUACUUGGUUAAAGGGACAUGUGUAUUUUGAAACGG